AUGGGCGUCGUGUUCCUCACUCAGACGGGAAUCAGCCUCGUCGGAAAUACCUCCCUCCUUUGUCUUUACAAUUUCACUUUGCUCACCAGACACAGUCUGAGACCCACUGACCCGGACACGCAGCUGGUCUCAGCCAGCUCCGUGGCUCUCUUCUCCAAGGGCGCACCUCAGACUCUGGCAGCGCUCGGAUGGACGUAUUUCCCGGAUGACCCUGGGUGUAAGCUGGUCUUCUGCCUCCACGGAGUGGCCGCAGGCGUUUCCUUCAGCACCGUCUGCCUCUUCAACGGCUUCCAGGCCAUUAAGCUCAAGCCCAGUAUCUGGAGGUGGAUGGAGCUCAAGCUCAGAUCCCUAAAGCUCAUCGUCUUCUGCUGUUCCCUCUGCUGGAUUGUGCAUAUCGUGAUUAAUUCAUGUCUUCCCUUAAUAAUAAAGGGUCCGUUGCAAUGGAAGAACCUUAGUAUGAAAAGAAAUUAUGGAUACUGUUCUUGGCAUCUAGAAGAGGGUUUUGUAGGCUUAUUACUGGCUGUCCUGUGUUUCUCCCCUGAUACUAUGAGUUUAGGUUUCAGUAUCUGGGCCAGUGGCAACAUCGUUCUCAUCCUGUACAGGCACAAACGGCGAGUCGAGCACCUCUGCAGCCACAGACUCCCCCCUAGACCUUCGCACGAGGCCAGAGCCACUCGCAUCCUCCUGGUCCUGGUGAGCUCUUUCUUUGCAUUCUGUUUGCUCUACAUAGUUUUGACAAUCUGGAUGACUCUGGUGGCAAAUCGCAGCCAGUGGAUGGUGAACGUCUCUGUCCUCGUGGCCAUGUGUUUUCCAACGUUCAGCCCCUUCGUGCUCAUCAUCAGUGACACCCGCGUGUCUCGGUUCUGCUUUGCCUGCAGGGCGAGGAAAACGCUGUCUCCUCGUCCGGUUGUAGUUGGGUGGGUCUGGGCGGCGGUGUUCACCUAUCCAUUUCAACAUCUGUGGACGUUUGGGGGCCUCUUAAAGUUCAAGAACAGGUGACACUGUUGCCAGUAAGGGCGGUGAUGUCUCUGCCUGUAUCCGUCUUAACAGGGAACUAAAAAUGGUCGUGUGUAUAAUGAAGCAGUUUCUGUACUGUAAACCACACAUA